AUGGAAACAACAGUACAACAGGCAGUGCCGCAAGACGAGCCCCGACUCGAAGCCGCUGAUGUCGAUAAUCCUUUAGAUCAACAAGAAGACAAUGAACUUGAUGAAGUCGGUGAUGCUUUUCCGAAGAAACCCAAGAAACAUCCAAUUGUUGUGGUCAUCAUCAUGAUCUUUGCUUUUCUCUCACAACUCAGCGUCGUUGUCUACUGUGCGCAUUUGGGAAAGCAACACGAGCAUGUUUUUUCGUGGGAUCGCGAGCAUUCGGUUACGUAUAUUUCGAUCACUGAGUAUUUGGACGCUAUCGUGUUCAGUUUGAUGUUCACCGUGUCGCCAUUGCUCUGUUUUUUUGGGACAUGCGUCACGCCCGUCUACAUCGUUGCACCCUAUCUCUUCGCACCAUUAUACGUGGAAAAACUUCAAAGGACUAUCUGCGUACUAUUUCGAGCGACUACCUACAUGAUCCUUCCAGCGCUGAACUCUUUGCGUUUUGUGACACCAUGGCCGAGCUCUUCGCGCAUAAGCAGCCUCAUUUCACCAUUUGGACGGUGCUCGAAUCGGCGCUUCGCUUACUGCUCUUCGGAA